AUGAGUAAAGUGCAAGGUGGGAUGAAAUGCGUGAAAUAUCUCCUUUUCGUUUUCAACUUCAUAUUAUGGCUGUGUGGCUCAUUUGUGUUGGCAGUGGGAUUAUGGCUGAGGUUUGACCCAGAGACAGUCCAGCUCCUGACUGGAGAGGAAGCCCCUGAGACCUUCUUCAUAGCCGUGUACAUACUGAUUGGUGCAGGUGGGGGAAUGACACUGGUGGGAUUCUUUGGUUGCUGUGGAGCUGUGAAGGAGUCACAGUGUCUCCUUGCGUCGUUCUUUGCCUGCCUUCUUGUAAUCGUUGGUGCAGAGGUUGCUGCAGGUGUGUUUGGAUUCAUGAGCAAAGACAAGAUCAUUGAAGAUGUUCAAAAGUUCUACAGUGAAUCUAUUUCAGAAGGUUCUGAAAAUUCCAACCGGACGGCAAUAGCAGAAAUUUACCACACUGUUGUCAUUGGUAUGAUCUUCAGUAUGGUCCUCUGCUGUGCAAUUCGGAACAACAGGGAGGUGAUCUAG